CACAGGCAGAGAUCACAGGCUGGGAGGAUGACAGCUCGAGUGUAUUUCUCGUUGAUUGCUGUUUUUUCGUGUCUGUUCGGAUACUUGAGCAUAGCGCACGCUAUUCAAAGACGAACCACAGUGAAGCCGGGUCAGUGUCCCAUACCGGAGAUGAUUCCACUGUGUGCUAAAAGCUGUUUCCAUGAUGGCCAGUGUCCUGCCAUGCAGAAAUGUUGCCCAACCACCGGUGGCUUUGCAUGCAGUGAACCACGUGGUCAGGGAAGAGGUCAAGCAAGUUGCCAGGGAAGCGGAGCUGGUCAGGGCGCCGGACAGGGAAGUGGACAGGGUCAAGGAAGCGGCGCCGGACAGGGAAGCGGAGCUGGUCAGGGAGCUGGUCAGGGAGCUGGACAGGGAAGCGGAGCUGGUCAGGGAGCUGGUCAGGGAAGCGGAGCUGGUCAGGGAGCCGGACAUGGUCAGGGAAGCGGAGCUGGUCAGGGCUCAGGACAGGGAAGCGGAGCCGGUCAGGGUGCAGGACAGGGUCAAGGAAGCGGAGCCGGACAGGGUCAGGGAAGCGGAGCUGGUCAGGGAGGCGGACAGGGUCAGGGAAGCGGAGCUGGUCAGGGAGGCGGACAGGGUCAGGGAAGCGGAGCUGGUCAGGGAGCCGGACAGGGUCAGGGAAGCGGAGCUGGUCAGGGAGCCGGUCAGGGUCAGGGAAGCGGAGCUGGUCAGGGAGCCGGUCAGGGAAGCGGAGCCGGUCAGGGCUCAGGACAGGGAAGCGGAGCCGGUCAGGGACAGGGUCAAGGAAGCGGAGCAGGACAGGGAAGUGGAGCUGGUCAGGGAGCCGGACAGGGUCAGGGAAGCGGAGCUGGUCAGGGCUCAGGACAGGGAAGUGGAGCUGGUCAGGGCUCGGGUCAG